AAAAGGAACAUUGGUUAAAAAAUGGGUACGAAAUCAAUUAAGCAGUGAAGGGUGUUGCAGACAGUGAUUAGGUUUUCUACGACCUCCACUCUCAGCCACUGCUACUGGUGAUGCUGUGCUGAAACUUCACCCUCUCCUCGCAAGCAAACCAGUGUUCCUAUCAAUUUUCCCAGCCAUGACGGACUACGCGCAAGAACAAGAAAUGGAGAUUGAAGCAUUAGAAGCUAUACUUAUGGAUGAGUUCAAAGAAAUACACUCUGGUGAAAGUGGUCUAAGUACUUCCAAUCGGUGCUUUCAAAUAAAGAUAGCACAGGAUGAGGAUGGAGAUAUGCCAAUCAGCUAUCCAGCUCAACUGGGUUUGAUCUUCGCACACACAGAAAGAUAUCCUGAUGAACCUCCACUUUUAAAUGUUACGAGUUUACAAGGAAUACCUCCUGAAGAUUUAAGGGCUGUGAAAGAAAAACUUCAACAAGAGGCAUCUGAAAAUCUUGGUAUGGCUAUGAUCUACACACUCGUUACCUCAGCUAAAGAGUGGUUGGAUGAGCGGUUUUGUCAAGACUCUGGUGAUGUGAGUGCUGAAGCAGAAGAGGCAGCCAAAGAGGAUAUAGUUGUACCCCAUGGGGAACCAGUUACUGUUGAAACAUUUUUGGCAUGGAGGGAGAGGUUUGAAGCUGAGCUAGCACUUGAACGAGCCAAGUUAAUGCCAGAGUCCGCGCUUGCAGUUUCCAAGGAAAAGAAACUAUCUGGCAGACAGUGGUUUGAAAGUGGAAGAGCGAAAGGAACAGCUCCUCUCGCUGAGGAAUCUGCUGAGGAGGAUGAGGAUGACAUUGACAUUGACUUCGAUGAUGAAGAUUUUGAAGAUGAUGAAGAUGAUAUGCUUGAGCAUUAUCUGGCUGAAAAAUCUGAUUCAUCCACACAUUCUUCCAAGAGAGCUAGUUAAACUGCAUAUGCAAUAUUAUCAGGCAGUGUUUUACAGAUUGCCUUGCUGGCUUUGAGGGAGUUUCCAUCCUUCUAGGACAGAGGAGGAUUUUGUUUUAUGAUAUUAUCAAUGGAAGAUAGUAUCUACGGGAGUGUUUGAUGUGUGACAUUGUCUUUCACUUGAGCACCGGAUGAAAAGAAACAAUUUUUAUUUGUAAUCGUCGAUCAUGAAUUGGAUGAAAGCAAUAGCCAAUGGAUAAACAACUAUUUAACUGAAUUUAAAGUAGGAGAUAUUCUUUUUUAUAGAAUGAAUAACUCAAUACAUUGUGUUUAAAAAAUCAAUAUACAACUGGUGUUUAAGGGUA